AUGCGAUCGACAGAUGAAGUUACGUGGGCUCGAGCUCUAUAUAAUCGGAAAUUAAAAGAUGAAAAAUCUUCGCUAUUAUUCUCCGGUUUGCUCGACGCUCCUCUCCACUCAUGGGUUGCAAAACCAUACAAUUCGGUUGCAGCUGCAGGACAGAAUCGGAUCCUCAUCCGCGCUUAUGAAUUAAUCCGUGAGAGUGAACUUGUUAUUAAGUCUCGCAAACCAACUCUUUCGGAAGUCGAUAUUAUACUGGAAACACUGCGUAGGCAUUCGAAAGAUGAAUUGAUGUGGGCCCGCUUUCUGUACAAGCUAAAACAGGAUACAACUGUAAAUGUUGUAGUUUCCGAGGUGUUUGACAUUCUUCUACAGACAAAAAAGUCAGCACACACACCCAGUGUUUGUAUCGCCGCUCUGACAGGUCCGUCCUUCUCAUCGAAGGUCGGACUGAUGGAUUUGAAUGCACGGUCUAAAGAUGAACUCAUGUGGGCCAAACUAUUGGACAUGUUGGGCAGCAGCGAAAAUGAGCAGGCCAAUUCUCUGUACAACAAGUUGUUAGAUAGACUGCUUGAAAAGUGGCAUUUUAAAAACAGAUAUACUGUGAACGCCAUUGAUCGGUAUUUAGGUGGCUCAAAUUUUGGCAUGAUGAUAGAGUACGCGAAAUUUUCGAGCGACAACCCCAGUGCGACUCUGCUGAAUCAUCUACAAGAGCAAUUUGGCAACGAACUAAAUUUUGCUAGCCAGGUACAAAAUUCGGAGAAUUUGAAGGGAAAUCGAGAUGUUGUGUUAUGCGCUUUUUUUCAAUCAUGGAUUGGAAAGCCAUUUAAUGCAGAUGUGAAUUCAGAAGAAUUUCUUAGACUUAAAACAGCAUUUGAUAUUCUGGAGAAUUCUAAGGGAAGGCUUCAAAGGGAGAAGCUGGAUGACAAGGACACAGCCUUUCCGCCCCUACUCAAAACAUUAUUUCACAUUUCGAAUGAUGAAUUCAUGUGGUAUCGAUUUUUACGCAAAUUACAGAACGACACAUCCUUCCGUGUCCCUGUGGCUGAUUUGGUACAAUUUCUUCGUAAUAUAUGGCAGCACAAAUUAUCAAACACUGCGAUUUGA